UUCAGGUGCCGAAGAUGAUGUUCAUCGUUUUACUGGCAAUGACACCCAUGUCGACUACUUCCGUUUAGUACUUCGAGAUGCCGAUUCACUUCUUGUUGGAGGAAGGAAUGUUGUUUACAAUUUGACAUUUUCCAACCUCAAUGAACAACAGAGGCUGAUCUGGUUUUCUAACGAACACGAUGCAAAGAUGUGCGUCAUGAAAGGAAAGGACGAGGAGAACUGCCAAAAUUACAUCCGUAUAAUGGCCAAGUCCGCCCAGGGCCGUUUGUUACUGUGCGGUACCAACGCUUUCAAGCCUAUCUGCCGCGAGUAUAACGUCCUCAACAAGAAUUACACCGUCGAAAAGGAGAAACACGGUCAAGCGGUGUGCCCCUAUGAUCCGCAUCAUAACUCGACGGCAAUUUAUGUGGAUGGGGAUCUUUAUACAGGAACUGUAGCUGACUUUAGUGGAAUGGAUCCCAUUAUUUAUAGAGAACCGCUACAAACAGAACAAUACGAUUCAAUGAGUUUAAAUGCUCCAGACUUCGUUGGAUCGAUGACUCAAGGAGACUACGUCUACUUCUUCUUCAGAGAAACCGCAGUGGAAUAUAUUAAUUGUGGGAAAGCUGUAUAUUCUCGUGUGGCUCGCGUCUGCAAAAAUGACAGAGGAGGCCCUCAUCGUUUUAGAAAUCGAUGGACGUCCUUCCUCAAAUCAAGACUAAAUUGUUCAGUUACAGGAGAAUUUCCAUUUUACUUUAACGAAAUACAAUCCGCCACCCAACUGAUCGAUGGCAAAUACGGUGACGUAUCGGCGCAACUGAUAUACGGAACGUUCACCACUCCGCCGAACAGUAUAUCCGGCAGCGCCGUUUGCGCCUUCAGCCUGCAGGAAAUUACGGAUACGUUCGAGGGCAAUUUUAAAGAACAAGCCGCCAUAAACUCCAACUGGCUGCCGGUGCUCAGCACUAAGGUGCCCGACCCACGCCCGGGGCAAUGUCACAACGAUAGCAGAACUUUGCCCGACUUGACGCUGAAUUUUAUCAAGACGCAUUCGCUUAUGGACCAGAGCGUGCCCAACUUCUUCGGUCAACCCAUCGUUAUAAGGACGAGUUUUCAUUAUCGCUUCACUCAAAUAGCAGUAGAUCCACAAGUUAAGGUUCCUGGAGGAAAAACCUACGAUGUGUUAUUUAUUGGAACAGAUAAUGGUAAAAUCAUUAAAGCAGUUAAUGGCCUCUCUGCGGAAACAAGACACGGAGUUCGGCCAGUGGUUGUGGAAGAGAUUCAAGUAUUUCCAGUUCACGUGUCCGUACGUGGAAUUAAAAUAAUGAAAGGCGCGGGAAAGGAAGAGGGCAGAUUAAUUGUAGUCGCUGACUCGGAAGUUCAGUCCUUAAGGUUGCAUAGAUGCGACAGUAAUAAAAUUUCAAGUUGUAGCGAAUGCGUGGCCCUUCAAGACCCAUACUGUGCAUGGGAUAAAGUGCAAGGCAAAUGCCGCUCCAAAGGAAUAGGUCGAUGGGGCGAAGAAAGUUACUUCUUCCAAAGCGUUGCCACUGGCGAGCAUUCCGCGUGUCCGCCUCCUAAAAGCAAGGAUGCCGGUUCAGUGGGCGGACUAAGUUCGAAUCAACCAAAGUUUAACGACCAUAUGCCAAACAAAGAGCUUCCCGAUGGACAAAUUAUCAAUAUUAUUCAAGACAAACCUUACGAGAAUACAGGGCCUUCAGUGACUGCUACAGAUGCUCUUCCAAAUCAGUACUCAGUUGAAACUUUAAUUAUGGCUGUGGUGGCUGGAGCAGUUUCAGCUCUAGUUGUUGGUUUUAUUGCUGGGUAUCUUUGUGGUAGGAAAUGCCAUAAAGACGAGGAUGAUAAUUUGCCAUAUCCCGAUACUGAAUAUGAGUAUUUUGAACAAAGACAAAACAUGAAUAGUCGAAUUACUGCUGAACCAAAGUUACUUCCGCAAGAGGAAGUGACCUACGCGGAGCCAGUAUUAGUUCCUCAACCUCCUCCGAAAAGUUACUCUCCUAAAAGCACUCUCCGGAAAGGUCCACAUCAAAAUAAUGCAGAAACGUUGUUUCAAUUUCAAACUGAUGGAGGCUACAAUGGCAGAGACAACUAUAGAGGACGAGAUAACUUUGGCACUCUAAGGUCGCAUCAGGGCGACAACUUCCGGCGGGGCGGCGACGGUUUCGCCACCACGCGCAGCGUCAAGAAGGUGUACCUCUGAGAAAACAGCGAGGAGGGCGCUGGAGCGCGGCGCAACCAAGCCCACCGCCAAGGCCACAGCGCGCUGCCCACCAGCGGCGGCUCGUCCAGCAGUCCCUCUCCGCCCUCCUCGUCGCCCAGCCCCACGCCACCGCACACCGCCUCCUUCAUCUACCGGGCUUAGCCUCGGACCGCCGACACAGAACAACCACCUACCGGGGCUUACUGGAGAUUCUACUAGGUUUUCCGGUUGCCUCUCGAGAUGCGCACAGGUACACGGAUGACACGGGGAAUACCGGUUUCUAGUCAACGCUAUAUAUUUUAGCAAUAUAUCUGUGUAACGUCGUUAUUGUAUUGUUGUCUGGAGGAGUGGGUGCUUUUAACUCGUAAAAUGUUAGAUAUGGUUUAAAUUAAAGUAGUUUUACUUCUUUUAUUAUGGCUAAUUUCGUUUGUUCUAACAAAGAAUAAUAACAAAGUUUUUUACAAGAUCCUAUUAUUAAUGGCGAUUCUUACUAAAGCUUAUUCAGAACCUCGCAAUUAGUGG